UAUAUAAUGAAUCCUUCUAAUCUUUGCUCUCAUCGCCUCGGACGCGAGAAAGAGAGGGAGAAUUAAAUAGGAUCGGGAAGAAUGGCCGCAGUUGGAGGUGAGGACAACAGCGCCGUUAAUGGCGGCGAGUGCCACGAUCUCAAGUCGCUGCUCGCCGGCGAUGAGAGGGAUUUCCUCGUCCGUAACAAUGGCGAUCAGGUGAGGAUCGCAAAUCUUGAAGGGAAAACUAUCGGUCUCUACUUCUCAGCCUCUUGGUGCCCACCUUGUAGGCGCUUCACCCCACAGCUGAUUGAAACCUAUGGUGAGCUCUCCUCAGAGGGGAAGGGCCUUGAGGUUGUCUUUGUGUCAGGUGACAGGGAUGAGGAUUCAUUUAAUGGUUACUUCUCAAAGAUGCCAUGGCUAGCCAUUCCAUUCUCUGACUCUAAGGCCCGUGAUCAACUUAACAAGCUUUUUAAGGUGAGGGGCAUACCCCACCUUGUCAUCCUUGAUGCAAGAGGGGAGGUAGUUAAUGAAGAGGGUGUCGAGGCCAACUCUGAAGGAAAGGGGAGAGAGCUUUGAAGUUGUGUUGGUGUCCUUGGAUGAUGAAGAGUCAUCAUUCAAAGAAGGCUUUGCGAGCAUGCCAUGGCUUGCUAUCCCUUUCGAGGACAAGAGCCGCGAGAGGCUUGUUCGCUACUUCGAACUCGAGACAGCACCAACUUUGGUUGUUCUUGGCCCUGACGGGAAGACUUUGCAUACAAAUAUUGCUGAGCUUGUGGAAGAGCACGGGGAGGAAGCGUGGGAGGGAUUCCCAUUUUCUCAGGACAAACUGGAUCUGCUUGCAGAGAAGGCAAAAGCAAAAUUGGAAGCACAGACACUGGAGUCCCUUCUGGUUUCUGGGGAGAUAGAUUAUGUCAUUGGCAAAGAUGGUGUCCAGGUUCCAGUAUCGGAGCUCAAUGGGAAGACAAUUCUCCUCUACUUCUCAGCACGGUGGUGCGGCCCCUGCCGCGCCUUCCUACCUAAACUCAUAGAGGAAUACAAGAAGAUCAAGGACAAGGACAGCGCCUUUGAGGUGGUCUUCAUCUCCGAUGAUGAAGACCAAAAUUCUUUUGAGGACUUCUUCUCAGGCAUGCCUUGGCUGGCACUCCCCUUCGGGGAUGUGCGAAAGAAGUCAUUGAGCCGCCUUUUCAAAAUACGCGGAAUCCCUUCUCUUGUUGCCAUUGGACCUACUGGAAAGACAGUCACUACGGAUGCGAAACUCCUCUUGUUGAUCCAUGGAGCUGAUGCCUAUCCGUUCACAGAGGAGAGGAUCAAGGAGUUGGUGGAGAACAAGGAGAAAACUGGUGAAGAGCAGGAAGAGACCAAGGAAGGAUACGUAUGUGAUGGGGAUGUUUGCCGCAAAGCCUAGAGCUGCUGAUGUUUGUGAUGAAGUAAGAUGGCCAUGCUUUGGCUUCCUUCUACUUGCAUUGUGUGUUUGCAGUGUUUUCAGUGGAAUAAGAAGACAAUGAUUAUAUGAAAAUUGCAGUUUGGUUGGACCUUGGCUCUAUUA